GGCAACCGUCUGCAAAGCCGGGGCUCGGGCUGGCGGCGGCGAUUAAUCUGGAGGAGGUUGCUGGCGCACACGACGCACACGCUGAAGUUCACGACCCCCACGCCAGCGAGCAUGCGGAUGGUGAUGCAGACCACGCCAGCGAGGUUGAGGAGGGUCAUGCAGUCGUCAGUCACGGAGAUGGCGAUCAUGGAGAUGGCGACCAUGAAGAUAGCGUCCACGAUAUCUGCCACGAAGCUGCUGACCAUGGAGAUGACACGACUGCGGAGCAGGAUGACAGCGGUCACAGGAGGCUAUCGGGGGGCGGCCACGACGAGGAGAUGUCGACCCCACCAGCUGCGCCGUGAUGUUUGUAUUCUUCGGCAGCCUGGUCAUGGGGGGGGCCGUGAACAGCUUCAUGCGAUGGAACGACCCCGAUAUCCGCAUGGCCGCGCACAGGAUGCUUUCCGUUAGCGUGUCGAUAUUCUGCGCCAUGACCAUUUUCAAGAUGAUCGAGGGUUUUGUCUUCAACCAGAUCGUCGCAGGUGAUCCGCCCAGGGGCCUGGGCAUCAAGGAGCUGAGCCACGAGACGCAUCUAGGCAUAGACAUGGCACUGUUUCCUUGUUUUCUUGCCUCAAUUUCCUGGUGUUGCCGCAGCACCUACCAGAACCUGAAGGAACUCCACACGUGGUUCAACGUCGCAAAGCUUCUCGUGCCGCACCUUGCAGGCUUUUGUGGCUUUGUGUUGAGCGACAGUUUGAUCGCGGUGGUGCUUGAUUAUUUUUCAGAUGGCCAGUCCCACGAUGCCCUUUUCAUCAUAAUGAUCUUAGGUCUGGUUCUAAUGAUCCGUCUGCUCUGCUGGCUACUGCACAUUCUCCGCAAACGCCCCUGGUAUAGCGAAGAGGGGGUAAUCGAUGACGCGGAAGAGGAUGGAAACGACAGCCCUAGGACACCUGCUGAACGACACCUCCACCACCUUCACGAAUGCACCGAGGUCAUCGAGGAAGGCGAAGACGAUGUCACUGCAUUUGUCUUGAGCGGCGCCAUGUAUAGCUACCUUCACUAUCUAACCCUCAGUCGGCCAGGCGUUGGCUGCAGCGAAUAUGCCAUUUGUUUUCAUCUGGUUCCCAGCAGAUUGCCGGUGACGUGCGUUCCAGAUGCAGUGGUCAGCUCGUGGAUCCACUAUCCAGCACGGUGGCGGAUUCCUGGCCUGCAAUGGUUGCCCUCGUCGUCACGACCUGUCCCUGCUGGGGAGCUGGGGGUGGCCUAUUGAAGAGAGUUUUCAGGUUCUUAAGCGUGUCCUCGGGACUGCUCACUUCCAGACUUGUCCUGGGGAUGGUAGUUCACUGGUUGUUUUGGCUAACAGACUCGCGAGUCACAGUCUAUAUGGGCGCAGCAUUGUUCACAACCACGCUGGCCAUCUGCCUGACAUUCUUGUUCGACACUCUGGCAGAUCUCUUGGAGAGCAAGGGGGUCGCGCUGCCCCGCAUGCCCACCAAGGACAAGCCGGUCGAUGGCGCCUCCGACGCGGAAGCUCAGCUGCCACUGACCUCUACGACCACGAAAAGUCGAAGCAACUCCAAGAGUAAGAGGACAGGGGUGGCAACGGUUGACGACGUGGGGCAACACAUUGCAACCUCCACUCGGGGGUUGAUAAGUGUCUUCGGUCUGCUCGUUGGCCUGAGCUGGGAAGCGGUGUUCGAAGUAGGCGAGCACGACAUGGUGCAGUUCGUCAACCGACAUAUGGUUACAAAGAACCUGUGGCAACAUGAGCACCCAGUGCUCGUCGAGGUGAUGCUCAGCAUCGCGGUCCUCGUUUGUGUUGUCCCGGUGUGGGCCAUGCACUUGGUUCCUGCCGCUGAGAAGGAUCGAGCAUACCACAAGGCCUGCAUUGAUGCGGAGCAGAACAGUGAGACGCAGUACAUGUUCACCUUCAGCGUUUUGAGGAAGCUGUUCCUCUCGUGCUGCCCUGUUUGGAGAAGAUGUUCGUGCUGCAAAGGUCGCAAAGCAAAUGCCUGACCGAACGGAGCCCCUGAGCCCUUGACCAAUCCUGAUCAUUGUCGCGGCGUGGCGCUCUGGCGCAUUUUUUCGCUGCGCGCCUCUUCGGUUAUGUCUUGUGAAAUUCAUUUCGAUUGGCCUGUGCAUCCCGCCGCACAAGCCGUGAGACCAUGCGCCUUUUGAAUGGCCUUUCACAGCACAAUUCGGUCUGGCUGUGCCCUCACUGCAUUCGAAGUCGUCAUUAUGGCUCCUCUCCUUCUCUCUCUCUCUCUGCCUCCUCCCCCUCCUCCCCUCUUGCCGAUUAGCGCAGCGACGGGGAAGCUUCCACACGUGAAGCUGGUAUCUUAUGUUACGACACGUGGCACAACGGGGCAUCAGCUUGCGCAGCGGUAGGGGUCGAGCUUGCACAAGUGGAGUUCCACCUCGUCCUGCCAGCCCUUCUCCUCAAGCGUUGGCAGCGGACAUCACAUCUGCCUUGCCGCGGCCGGGUCGUACGGUGCCCUCUCGAGCUGUGUCGGGCCUGCGCCCCUCUGUGAGGCGCCGUUUUUUCUCUCAUGCCUGUCCUCCCGGGUGCUGCUUCUCCUCCUCCUCCGCCGCCCGUGCUGCACUGCGAAGCAGUCUCCCUGGUCGGCCAUCCAACCCUCGACGACGCGCCUUUCUCACGACGUGGGCCCCGGAGCUUCCGACCCAGCGUGACGUCUCCCCACCGUGUGCCGUGCCUCUGCGAGCCAGAGCAAAGCAUGCACGUCGCGACGAGGGAGGUCUGGGCGUCUCCCCCCUCCUC